AUGUUCACGUCUUUUUCAACAGUAAGUAACUUUGUUGUAUGUCCGAACAAUAUUAGAACACAAUCUGUUCCUAGAUGGGUAUCUCCGUUGGUUAUAAAAUGUCGUAAACACGGUACACUUGAUAUUAACGAUCUUUAUGAACCACUUCCUGAUUGCGAAUCAGCAACACUAACGGAUAAGCUCGAAGCAAACUGGUUUGCUGAAACUAAACGAAAUCCUGACAAACCAAGUUUAAUUCGAGCUACAUUACGAACUAUGAGAUGGAGACCAUUCCUCAUUGGUCUUAAUCUUAUUCCUUCCGUAAGUCUAAUAUUCUAA